AUGGCGGAUUUUCAGGGAGGGGGAAUGGCGGCGGCGGGGUCUGAAGAUUUGCAGGAGGAGGAAGUCUGGGCUAUGGUGGGUGGGGGAAGAUCAGAAGGCUCAAACUCGAAGACAACGAAGAAGAAGAAGAACUCGCGCUCCAGUGCCAUCCCCCGCGCCGCCGCCGUCGCCGUCCAGGACUGUCCGAAUCAGCCGUCGUCGGCGCCGGUUCGCAUUCCCGACUGGUCGAGGAUUCAGAAGAAGCACCCGAACAAGAACAGCUUUUGGGAUGACGGCGGAGACUAUAACAAUGACGACGACGAUGUCGUGCCGCCGCAUGAAUUUCUGGCGCGGCGGCGAGUGGCGGCGAGUGAAGUAGCUUCGUUCUCGAUGUGUGAGGGCGUGGGAAGGACGCUGAAAGGGAGAGAUCUGAGCAGGUUGAGGAACGCCAUUUUAACCAAGACAGGUUUCAUCGAAUGA